UUAGGUACAAGAGCUCUAUUUUUCUACAAAAUAUUAUGUCAUUGCAAUCAUUGUUGGCUUUUAGUGUCAUUUAUACUGAUUUUAUUAUCAUCUCAUUGUCAGCACUAUGUUAUGUGCAAAACAAGACACUCGGACACAGAUUUCACAAAAAACUUAUUAAGGUUUCAGUUUUAUGACUAUAAUUACAAAAAUAAUAUAAGCACUGAUACCGUCAUCAGCACUACUACUACUACUACUACAACAACUACUAGUCCAAUAAAUACUAUUAUUGAUACUAUUAGUAAUUACAGUGACAGCUAUUUUAAUAUGACAUCUGUGUCUACGAAGACAUCAAUGAACGCCAUUACCAAAACAAACGCCACGACUAUUAUCACCACAACUACAACAACAUUAUCUCCAAAUCAAUUGACUUUAAGCACUGAUAAGACAUUAGCAGUGAAUGAUAGCAACAAUGUGUGCAAAGUUUGCUGGUGUAGCAAACGGGACACUCUUGACUGUAGACGUGCCGAUCAAUUGGACACAUUUCCCGUUAUGUACCACAAACACGAUCGGAUGCUUAUCACCGAAAUCAUAGUCGAGGAUCAGCCGCGACUGACAACACUCAGUAAUUCUCAAAUGAAAUACUAUUUGAAUGUCGAAAAAUUGACAAUAGAGAACUGUGGUCUCCGUUAUGUUUUGCCCAACACUUUCAAGAAUAAUACGAAACUCAAAGAAGUGUAUCUCAAGAGAAACAAAAUACAAGUGCUUUCGUGGAAAUUAUUUGAAAGACUCACAAUUCUCCAGUUAGAGUUGGAGAACAAUCCGCUUACAUGUAAUUGUUCGUCAAAAUGGAUUCAAAGACAGAUCUCCAAACCUAAUGGCAUAUUAGGACCCCUUUCCGAUAGCAUCACCUGUUUUGACGAUAAACUCAAUAAAACAUUACGACUCAGUAAUAUUUCAAUUCCCGGAUGUGAUAUGCCUGAAGUGGAAGUGUUUCCUCAUGAGAUUGAGAUCAAUGAAAGUCAAUCGGCAGUAUUGGUGUGCACUGCAUACGGAUCGCCGCCACCAAAGGUCUCCUGGAAUGUAACGGGUCUUCAUUCAAAUAUUACUGUAAAAUAUACACAAAGUGUAAUCAUUGACAGACUAUCAAAACAUAGUUUUUACAAAAAGCAUGGAAACAUCGAUAGGAAUGUCACCCAAAUUAGUACAACCCUUUACCUGAACAAAGCUCAUGGAGCUGACAACGGGUAUGUCGUGUGUAUUGCAGAAAAUAUUGUCGGCAAACGCAAGAACUCAACACAUCUAAGAAUAUUCUCACCACCAAGAAUAGUGGAACUGGAGUUUGAAAAUAAGUUUUGGUGGUGUAUUAGAUACCGGAUCACUGGUAUGCCUGCCGUUACUAAAAUCUGGUAUUUCAAUAACCAACCUCUCAAUAUGUCCGAAACGAUCAAAGAUCUAGAAAUUGCAACGCUUUCUAAAAAUGAUUACGAAAUUGAAGGUUGUCUACAGAUUGAAAGGGCCACUCAUGUCAAUGAUGGUUACUAUACCUUAGUUGUGAUCAAUUCAUUGGGUGAAUACAAUAAGUCAGUUGAGGCACAGUUUCAUAAAGAUGUGAAUUUGCCGGGUAUUGCUCCGGGCAUUCGUCCAUUACAUCCGACACCACGAAUACCUCAAUCUCCUAAUCCAUCGGCAAUUGAUAUAUUGAUUCCAAGCGAAUUGGACGCCGAGUCAAUGCACCCAAUGGAUCAAAUUAUGUUUCCUGUAAUUAUAAGCUCAAUAGUUGUGGCGUUUGUGGUAUUCGUGAUGUUUAGCAUUAUUGUAUGCAUCGGUUUAAGGAAAUGGAGAUAUAGGGGUUCCCAUAGAAGAAAUAGCAUAACUCAUUCAUUUUGUCCGACAAUUUUAUAUAAUUUAUGUUUUCAUGCGGACAAUGAGGAUAAAAGACGCGAUAACCUAAUGACAACAGAGAGGAUACCAUUAAGUAUUGCCAAAAAAUUAGUCGAAAAUCCCAACUAUUUACAGGAAAACGAAAAAUUGCUUAAUUCGGGUAUUAAACACAUAUCAAAAGAGAAAAUUAGUUUUAUUCAAGAGUUAGGCGAAGGAGCUUUUGGAAGAGUGUUCUUAGGAACGGUAGACUUCUUGACACCCGACGAGCCAACAACACUGGUUGCCGUCAAGACAUUGAAAGAUGUCAACUCUGAAGAGGCGCUCAAAGACUUUGAAAGAGAGGCCGAAUUGUUAACAAAUUUGAUUCAUCCAAAUAUUGUUAACUUUUAUGGCAUAUCACUGGAUGGCAAUCCAUUGAUGAUGUUGUUUGAGUACAUGGAGUACGGAGAUCUCAAUAACUUUUUGCGCACUCACGGCCCGGAUUGUCAUUUAUUGAAGACCACCGAUACUUCGGUUUCGUCCAACACAUCAUCCAAUUCAGUCGGUCCUCUCACGCAAAAUGAUUUACUAACCAUUGCCGUACAAAUAGCCAAUGGUAUGGGUUAUCUAUCACAACAACACUUUGUUCAUCGAGAUUUAGCCACAAGAAACUGUUUGGUUGGCACCGGACUCGUCACCAAAAUUGGUGACUUCGGAAUGUCCAGAGAUGUCUAUUCUACCGAUUAUUAUCGCGUUGGUAGACAAACACUUUUGCCAAUCAGAUGGAUGGCUCCCGAGUCGAUAAUAUAUCGUAAAUUUACAAUUGAAAGCGACUGUUGGAGUUUCGGUGUUGUCCUCUGGGAGAUCAUGACAUUCGGGAAGCAGCCCUGGUAUGAGUUGUCCAAUCAUGAGGUAAUACAACAGGUGACCUGCGGUAAACUCUUAUCCAAACCCGAAAACUGUUCCGACAGUAUAUAUAAUGUGAUGCUCUCGUGUUGGCAAAUGAGAGCUCAAGACAGGCUUGCCAUCAAUGAAGUGAACAAAAAUCUCAGGAUUAUUGCCAAACAAAUACCCGAUAAUUCAUAUAUAAAAUUAAUCACUUAAUGAUUAUGUAAAUUC